GCGAAGCGGCAACCCAUCAGAAGAGGGCAGCGACAUAAGCUAGACUUUUCCAGAACGAAACAAAGCAUCCGCUGUCCAUGAAGUCGGUGUCUGGCGGUGUGAAUAAAUGUGCCACAAUGCAGCGAGGGGUUUGGGCUGCGUUAUGAAGGAGCAGCUGUGUCCUAAGGCUUUGUUGUUGUUGACAGACACUUGUGUUUUGUGCGCUGACUAAAGCUGACGUGAGAUAAGUUGAGCUCAGCUAACUCGUCUUUUUCUUCGGGGCUUCAAAAUACAAGACUCCAGCAUGUCUAAGGAGGCAGACCACUUCGAGGAUGGAGGAGACAAGGAGUCAAAGGAGGAGAGGACACAGGAUGCCUCUGAGGAGACUGUGAGGAAGAGGGUCCGAGCGAAUACUCCAAGUCCACACAGAGGGACCACGCCACAAGCAAGCCCACCCAGAUUCGUCUCCGUGGAGGAGCUGAUGGAAACGGCUAAAGGUGUCACUAACAUGGCUUUGGCCCAUGAAAUUAUGGUGAACCAGGCUUUUCAAGUCAAACCUGCAGAGCUUCCUGAAGGAAGUUUGGAACGCAGAGUGAAAGAGAUUAUGCACAAAGCAUUUUGGGGAUGUUUGGAAGCGCAGCUCAAGGAGGAUCCGCCGUCAUAUAGCCAUGCUAUCAAACUACUGGCUGAGAUCAAAGAGGCACUUCUGUCUUUCUUGCUGCCUGGCCAUGGCCGUCUGCGCUCACGCAUCGAGGAGGUUCUGGACCUGCCUCUAAUCCAGCAGCAGGCCGAGAACGGUGCGCUUGACAUUGGAAGCCUAUCCCAGUUCAUUGUUGGGGUGAUGGGCUCACUGUGUGCCCCGUGCAGAGAUGAGGACAUCAAUAAGCUAAAGGAGAUCACAGAUAUUGUACCGCUGCUAAAGGCCAUCUUUUCUGUGCUGGACCUGAUGAAGAUGGACAUGGCUAACUUUGCUCUGAGCAGCAUCAGGCCUCAUCUGAUGCAGCAGUCAGUUGAAUAUGAGAGAAACAAGUUCCAGGAGUUUCUAGAGAAACAGCCCAAUGCCUUAGACUACACUGAGAAGUGGCUGGAGGAUACUGUAAGAUGUCUGAGAGAGGCUGAAGCAGUUGAUUCUCACAGUGCCUCAUCUGACCCUCCAUCUCUUCUCCCUCUUAACGUCCAUAAUCAUGCCUAUCUACGCCUGCUGAGGUGGGACCAUGCUGCAGACCCCUUCCCAGAGACAGUAUUGAUGGACCAGAUUCGGUUCCAGGAGAUGCAGCAGGAGGCCGAGCGCUUGGUUCUGCUCUCCUCUGUGCUCCUCAUCAUAUACACUACAACAGGAGAGGCCAUCUCAGGCCUGCCAGGACUCAUGGAGACUCUCAAAAACACUGUUAAUGUCAUGCUCACCGACAUGCACACACCGUCUUUUUGUGCACAGGAGGCCUUGGCAACCAUUGGAGAGAAACUGUGUGUUGAGUUGAGUCAGUGUCUGAGCCAACAUGGCUACUCUCCGUUCUCAGCUGACAGAAGAAGCACUCUAAAGGGACAAAUUUUAGCCACCAUCCAACCAGACAACACAGUCCGCAAGCUAAUGGACUCUCGGGUUCAGAGCUACCUCCUGGCCUCUCUGGAGUCCAGUCAACAUAAGACCCCCCCUCCUCUCCCCGGGGGUCUGGCCCCCGUCAGCAGGGAGCUGAAGGAGCUCACCGUCCGCUUCAGUCGCCUCGUCAACUUCAACAAGCUUGUCUUCUCUCCUUUCUACCAACAGAUUCUCCAGAAAAUACUGACGCCAGGAGAGAUUCCCAGCACGGAGGCGUAAAUGUGACAGCGUGGAGUAAAAGUAAUAAGGAGGGUGGUGUGUAGUUUUGCAAUUUCCCCUUACAAGCUAAUGGUUAAGAUUUAGAGAACAAAUUGAGGAAGCUCAUCUGCGUUUGUUGGGAAAAACCAACAGAGUGUGCAACUCAAACUGACAUAAUUUUAAAAAAUGCUGCGUGCCAUUUCAGUUACAUAAGCUCACAGUGUUGCUUCUUUGAUAAAAGCUCAGGCCUCAUGACUGUGACCCUACAGCAGCCAUUUUACAUUCACUGACAGGGCUGGGUGUCAUUCAGGUGGGUUAUUUCUAUACACACAAUUAAUGCUUAGUAGAACAUCAAGGAAACACAAGUAAAACACAAAUUCUGCCAUAUCUUAUUAGAGAUUAAGUCGUCAAGACAAAAUAUUAACAAGCUGUGUCAGAGGAGUAGAUUGGUAUGUCACCAAAUAUUAUCAGUGGCUCUUAUUUGGGGAAGCAUUAAAGCAUUUGACUGAACUUCUUAACCCAGGAAAUGACUCGCAUCUAAGAUAAGAAGCAAUUUCCGAAACUCAAAAGAGAUGCAUCCUUUCCCGUCAGAACACAGAACCAAAUGUAUGAUGGUGAUAGAUCAGUCCUUGUUGAGCAGUAUUUUCUAAUAGCAGCAGAUCAUAUUCAGCUUCAGUCACUCUCAGCUAACACUAGAUGUGAAGUCAUGGAAAAAGAAAUGAGAAAAGUACUGAUCAAUUUGUAUUUAGCAUUGCCCUGACUAUUGAGACUUAUUUCUAAUCUAUAUAUGGUAACCAUGGUUAUUAUAGUUAACAAGACCAAAAUGAAAACUAGCAUUGAAACAUUAAUAUUGUUUAUUCAAAUUUUCAAAAAGAAAAAUAAAUUAAAACUGCAAGUAGCAAUACAAUUCAAAGUAAAAAGAAAUAGAGUUGCAGGUAAAAUCAUCUUAUUUGUCAUUUCCCUCUCAUGUGAAUGGUUCAUGGUAUACAUGAAUAAAAUGGCUUAGCUUAAUAAAUGAAGCAUAAGGUACAGCAAAGUAGUCAUUAUUACAAAAGUAACUCAGUCAAGCCAGUGACCUGACCAAUAAUGAUCAGUUUACUCUUCAUUAAAACCAUUUAUUACAUGGUGUUUUACUAAAGAAAAACAAAAUAUAGAUUUAAAAGUUAUUUCUUUGAGUUAAAAAUGAUCUCUUGAGUCUAUCAUCAAACCUAAGCCCAUAGCAGCUGUCUUUAUUCAGAAAUAACAACCAUAUUAUUAGAUUUAAGUGUUUAAGAAAGCCGUACAAUACCAAAUCUUCAUUAAACAUUUGUCACAUUUGACAUUAUGCAUUCUUUCGAUCAAACUUUUUGAGCAUUCAUAAAUCAUAAUAUAUAACCACCAUCUCAAAGUGAGAAACUACUAACCAAUCGAAAACUAGUCAAUUAAAGUAAAUAACAAUAAAUGUACUUACAAAUUCAUAAAACUAAACUAAGACAAAGACCAAAAACUGAAAAACA